GUUGGACAGUUUUGUGUGUGUGUGUGUGUGUGUGUGUGCGUGCGUGUGCGUGUGUGUGUGUGUGUGAUGACAAACUGCCUUGGAGGAGGUGAAGAGACGAGAUCGAAGAUAUGACCACUUGCAGAAUCUGAAUCGUCAUUGUGGUCGUUCUUCCCAGGCAUUUGGGGAUUAUAUAUAUAUAUAUAUUUUUUCCUUCGGCGAUGCAACACCGGAUUUUGUGUUUAGACUGGCAGCAGUCAUGUUUCAAGACUGAUUUCUGAAGAGACAAGAAGACAAAACAGCAUUGACAAAUGCAUGUGCAAAAUGUGGUAACUGAAAGUUACUCACGAAGAAAUAGGAGGGUCCAGUGGCACACAUGUAGAGCUGGUAUGUCCUCAAAGCUCGGGAAUGCUCACAUAGGCUGUACCAAUCUAUCUGUACUGGGUGCAUGAUUUGCGGUGUGAGAAAUUGAUGCGUUUCAAAAGAGUCUAUACAGUUGUUCUGAUAAACGAAUAACGACUAGAGGACUCAGAUUCUCCAAACGGGAAAUCUUUAAUGAGAGAGCGAGGUCAUAUGAACUGCACAGGGCUAGAAGUGCGUCUCACGGAGAUCCUGGGUUGCAGAUCUGACGGAAACACGUGCUAUUCGCUCUCAUCUGCGGCGACGAUGCUUUUCCACGGUCUGCCUGGAGGCGAGAUGCAUGGUGUUAUGGAAGAAAUGGAGCGGAGAGGAAAGAGCGAUUCGGCGACUAUCAGCUCGGCCAUAGAUAUGGGGGAAACAGAGACGAACAUGCCUUCCAUCAGCGGGGACCGGGUGGCUCUAUGUGCGGGCUGCGGAGGGAAGAUCUCCGAUCGGUAUUACCUGCUCGCCGUGGACAAGCAGUGGCACAUGCGCUGUCUGAAGUGCUGCGAGUGUAAACUCAACCUGGAGUCUGAGCUCACCUGCUUCAGCAAAGACGGAAGCAUCUACUGUAAAGAGGACUAUUACAGAAGGUUUUCGGUGCAGAGAUGUGCCCGGUGCCACCUCGGGAUCUCGGCCUCGGAAAUGGUCAUGAGGGCCAGGGAUUUGGUGUACCACUUGAACUGUUUCACCUGCACGACUUGCAACAAAAUGCUGACGACUGGGGACCACUUCGGCAUGAAAGACAGUCUUGUGUACUGCAGGCUACACUUUGAAACGCUCAUCCAGGGAGACUUCCCCACGCAUUUCAAUCACACGGAUGUAGCGCCUAAUAAAGGACUGGGCACCACGGGCCCUCUAGGACUGUCUUAUUAUAACGGCGUGAACACAGUGCAGAAGGGCCGGCCCCGAAAGAGGAAGAGCCCGGGGCCCGGAGCGGACUUAGCGGCGUACAAUGCAGCUUUGAGUUGCAAUGAAAAUGAUGGCGAUCCAAUGGACAGAGACUCUCAGUACAGUACCAGCCAGAAGACAAAGCGCAUGAGAACGUCUUUUAAACACCAUCAGCUGAGGACCAUGAAGUCGUAUUUUGCCAUCAAUCACAAUCCUGACGCCAAGGAUCUGAAACAGCUGGCCCAGAAAACAGGUCUCACCAAGCGAGUACUACAGGUCUGGUUCCAGAAUGCUCGGGCCAAGUUCCGACGGAACCUCUUGCGUCAGGAGAACACAGGCAUCGAUAAGGCGUCCGAUGGGUCGACCCUACCUGGAGGAACGCCUUCUGGACCUGCCUCAGAGAUUUCCAAUGCCUCAAUGAGCCCCUCCAGCACCCCAACCACCCUCACAGACCUGACGAACCCCACCAUGCCCACUGUCACCUCCGUACUGACCUCUGUGCCAGGCAGCCUGGACGUUCACGAAUGCCGGAGUCCCUCGCAGAGCACCUUGACAAGCCUCUUCUGAUGCACAGAUUAAAGAACGUUGACGUGUCACUUCUGUCUGCUUCUACUGAAGUCCAGUCAUGGAUACGGCCCUCAUAGGUUCCUAAUUUACAAUGGACCAAUUCAAAUUCUAAAAUUCAUGUUGAAACACCCACCAAAAUCAGAAAUGCAGCAUUACUUUAGCACUGGCACCAGUAAAGCAAAGUUCCAUUGCUUCAUGUAGUUACGACACAAUCAAUCGAAUGAUUUAUGAAUAUAAACAACUUACUGUCAAACCUCUAUCAGAUAUCAACACCGAUCUACCUGGGACUCUUUUGUAUAGGCCAGGAACUUUACAACUGUGCCCAAUCCAAUUCAAAAGACUUUACUGGGACUAUGAAUGGGGAAAAACAACUCAAACUUAACCAGAAAACUCUUCUUUGGCCACUUAGCCACUUUAGAGUAUUGCAUCUUGGGGUAUAUUCAAGUCUCACUGAAAGAUGUGUUGAUAUUUUUAGUUUAAAGUCUUUGGAGCGUCUGAGGAGACUUGAUUUGCAUUAAAAUUUUCACAUUUUCACCAGUUUUCCCCAGCCACGUUUACAGUGAGAGACUGAUGUCGCAGCUUAUGGGACUUCAUUGGUUUGUCACCCUCUUAUUUAUAUUCAUGCACAGGGGUCAGUGUGAGGAAACUUGGAUUAUAAUGUGAAUAAUUACACAAGAUGACAAGUGUAAACAGCAAAACUAAGCCUGACUGUCACGUGCCUUAUCCUGCAGUGUAGUCACUGAAGCCCCUUUAGCAUUGCUUUACGAAUGACAUCGAAAAAUGUGUAUUUUAAUUUGUUGGAUAAAAUGGUUGAGUAAUUCUGCUUAGAUGAACACACGUAUGAAGUGCUGAUCUUUCUUAAAAGUCCACAUGCUCUCGUUCCAACAUAUUACCUCACUCAGAAAUCACUGGAUAUGAUAGCAGUACACAUGAAACAGGUUUCAAGACGACAAAAUGCACUGGGAGAGAAAAGCCAGUGGAGAGACUUGCUCUAGUUUCUAAAAAGAACAUCCUUGAUCGGAAUAGCAUCAUGAAAUGGAUCUUACAUCAAACACACACUGAUAUAUGAAACGAAACAUUCUCACAUUCUCAUCCAGUUAGGUGAUGUUUUUUUUUUUUUUUUAACCAUUAAGAUGUGACAGUGUUGGAGACAGGGUAAAUGUUUCCAUGGUAACCAGAGGCUGCUUGUUGAAAAUGCUGUACAGUUUUGACAGAUUACUGAGAAAUUUCGAGUCCACCCCCUGCAGUAUCCCUCUUUGAUGUAAAUCUUCAUUUCUGUAAAAAAUAUAAAAAAUUAAUCACAGUGUUUUUUUUGUUUUGUUGUUGUUGUUGUUUUUUGUUUUUUUUUGUUUUUUGUCGUCCUCAUUAUUUCACCAGUUUCAAAUAAUUCUGCAUAACCAUGGGAACUGCAAUGCACAUAAUAAAACAAAAAUCCAGGGCUCAAAAGAGAAUCCAAUCUAAAUGAAAAUGAAUACAUUGAUAAUUCGUUAAAUUGAUUUCAACACAAGUUAGAUAUAUUCACGUCAAAGAAUAAUUAAUGGCAUAUUUACACAGUCAUAUCACAAACAGAAAUGAAACAAAAAAGUGGCUGAUUUACACAUACAUUUAACAUUAUUUAAAAUAAUAAGCAUUUCUCAUUUCUUUUAUAAAAGCAUGUGAAACUGUAUUUGGAAGCACCGCUAUGGAGAACAACAUCCAUUUUUUGGAGUUUGCAAUUUUGGGUGAUUCUAAGUAAUCUCAGAUUAAGGCAAAUUCAUCCUAUUUCUUAUGAGAGGGUGCAUAUUUUUUUUUGUUUUUGCAUGCAUAAUGUUCCCAAAAAUAUGAUUUUCUUUCUAAGCAAAGAAUUGGUUAAGUAUUUGGUAGUUUUGUGGCUGGUUUGAUCAGAGGGAAAUUUCACUUAAACCUCCUGAGACCCGAGCGUGACUGCUGUGUGCAUUUUCCAUUUCCCUUUUUGAAUUGCAACUAGUAGCACCAAAUAAAAAAGCAGAAAAAUAAAUAACCCAUUUCUAGAGCAAAUAGUUUUCCUAUAAAUUUAGGAAAUUUAUAUGUCCACAUAUGUGGACAGCGGGACUAAGUUGUGACAUUUUAAGUUAUAUCAAACUAUAGAAAGUCAAAUGUUUUUCAUCAAAUUGUUCAUUCUGUGUCCAGGAGUGUUGGUUAUUCAUGUUGUUGAGACGUUACAGACAUUACAGCUGAUUUUCUGUAAAGUUGAAUAAAUAAUUCUGAUUAAAAGUAAUGGCCAUCAUCAUCCAAUCACU